GAAUCACGCACCAGUGCCACCACGUCCGAUCGCUUCAGGUGACUAUAGUAGAACUAGGGUUCUACUUUCUAGUGAAGUGAGUAUCCACCGGCUGCAUCUAAUACGAUACGUGUUUUUAUGGUCUGAUGGGCGUGUGCUCGUGCAUUUUUUGGUUUUGUGUGCAACGUUGGAAGUUGUGAGUUGACUUUGGAGCUAUCGAUAAAUUUAGAAAGUAUAACCCACCCCAAACACACGAAGCCACUCGAGAUAAAACGGCGUGUCAGUUUUUUCUCUGCAACAGAAGAUUUCAUUUUUCGUUAAAGAUAUUUAACGUCUCUUCAGUUGUCAAUUGACAAUUCCCAAGACCCGUUCUUUCCUUCACGUUAUAGCGUGAAUUUCCCGUUUUGUUGUAUUUGAGACAGAUCAAAAAUUUUGAACACGUGACGCAGACCCCACCAGCAUAGGAGAACCACAAAGUAAUGGGAGCUAAACCAACCACUUUAUUAUCAUUGGAAGAUAUCGAUGAAUGCUGCGAACUCACUUACUUCAGCCGCAGAGAUAUCAUUCGAUUGUUUGACCGGUUUUACCGUAUCAACCCGAAUGCCGUAAAAGCCAAUCCAUUCGGAGUCCGACUUCCAGCGGCGGAUAUUUUUGCUUCGAUUGAAGAGCUCAAGUGCAAUCCGUUCCGACAGCGCCUAGCAUUCGUUUUCUCUUCAAAGCAGGACGAUUGUUUCUCUUUCGACGACUUUGUCGAUCUGGCUUCCGCCUUUUGUGAGAAGGCUCCAGCUAGCGUCCGUGCAUCUUUCGCAUUUAGAAUUUACGAUUUCGACAACGACGGUCUAUUAACAGCCUCUGAUCUCGGGAGACUUAUCGAUUUCUUAACAUGUGCCUCAGAGAAUUCCCCGAAGUUAUUGGAACGGGACGAAGUCGUCGGCUACAUUCUAGAAGAGGCCGGAGUAGAAGGCAAUCGUUCGAUUAACGAAGCUGAGUUUCAACUUGUCGUGAAGAAGUUACCAGACUUUGCUACCUCUUUCAAGCUCAUUAUGUAAAUUAAUUAAACUACGAGACAAAUAUCGCUUAAUUAUAGUUUUCGUUACUAUGCCAUUAACUGUCCUAUGACUAUGCAAAACGUAUUUCUCAAUCUGUUCCCUUGUGCUUUACGUUUCGCGAUAAAUGUAUCGCUAAGCUGGACCAAGAAUGACAAAUACAACGUUAUUCAAUCGUA